ACACUUAUUAAACCCAAACUCCCUAAACCAAACGUCAAAACCAAAAAUGGCGAAAACAAAAACAGGAAUUUGUGCCGUUAUCUUAUCAGUAGCGUCGUUCUUCUUCAUUUUGACCGCAUUCUGCUCCGGAUACUGGCUGGUCAACGAUGGAAAAAUCCCCGACCCGAAUUUCAUCCGUAUCGGGCUGUGGGAGGUGUGCUUCGAGAAUUUCGAGGACUUCAGGCACCACUACGAUAACAAGUUUACCGGGUGCUGGUGGGUCUUCGAGGAGGAAUAUUACAUAAUACACGAUUUUCUGCUGCCGCCGUUUUUCAUCGCAACGCAAUUUUUCUUCACUUUGUGUAUGACUUUGGUGCUGGUCGCCGUAGCGCUGACGUGGCUUUAUUGCUUCUGUAGCCGCGACCACGAUAAAUACUUGAUUUUGUUGAUGAGCAACGCUUUGAACCAUUGGAUUGCGGGGUUCUGUGGGUUCGUCGCGGUGAUUGUUUUUGGUUUGAAUGGGGACAAGAGGGAUUGGAUGCCGUAUUGGCAGCAUAACGAUUUGGGGUGGUCUUAUGCGUUUGCGGUCGUCGGGUCGUUGUUGUUGUGGCCUGCGGGGGCUUUGUUUUUGACGGAGGGGCGCAGGGUGAAGUACCGACAACUUGAUCGUUCGAGACCGGCUUCCCAGUAUAGUAUGGAGGCUCCAAAGCCCUCUCAUACCGACAUUUAAUUGAUAUUAAGCUUCGUUUCGUUUGGUCUGUAUGUAUAACUUUUGAUGAUUUAUUGUGUUGUUCUCUCUGAUAUUUAUUUGUUUUGUAUUCCGUCCGACGAAAGCACAUCAAAUGAUUGCCUUGUCUUACGUAUGUGGUAUACCGCAUACUAAUAACGAGAGUAUUUUUAUACAUUAAUAUAUACUUUUUUAUCGACUUUUCGAAUUAUAUAUUGUUAACUGUAGGAGUAGUAGUGUAAGACACUUUUAUUUUGUACAAAUUCGUAUAACGUAAAAAUAAAUGAAAUGUGAGAAA